GUUUUGGAUUUGCUCGUGUUUGUGCCCUUGUCGGACACGGGCGAACCUCAGAACAUUGUUGUAAUGCGAUUGGUGCGUGUAGUGAAAUCAUUGCGAGCAAUUCGCAUGGUCCGUACUCUUCGACUCUUUCGCGGCUUAAAUUUGUUAGUGAAGGCCUGUCAGUGCUUCCUGCCGUCCUUGGGAUGGUCAAUGGUGUUGCUGGUUGUUUUCAUGUCGAUGGGCACUCUCGUCAUGGGCAACCUUCUGCGGGAUUUCAUUACGGACAAAGAUGCCAACAUGGACGACCGGCUGUGGAUUUAUUCGCGUUAUGGCACAGCUUAUCAUGCGAUGUACACUUUAUAUGAAAUUACCUUCGCAGGCAACUGGCCGACUAACGCGCGGCCUGUUCUGGAGAAGGUGAACCACUCGUUCGUGAUUUUUUACGUCAUCUACAUCACCAUCAUCGUGUUCGCUGUGAUACGUGUAAUCAGCGCAACAUUUUUGAAGGAUACCUUAGAUGCUGCGCAGAACGAUGCGGAAAAUUUGGUGGUGGAACGCCUGCGGAAAAAGGCCCAAUAUGUCAAGAAGUUGGAGGAGGUGUUCAUGGCCAUCGACCACUCAGGGGAUGGCAUGAUCUCGGAGGAGCGCCUUGCCAACAUCUUGUCGAAUCCCAAAGCGGUGGCUUAUUUUCAGACGCUGGAUGUGGACGUGACAGAAAGUGCCGCACUUUUCCACUUGAUCGAUAACGGAGACGGUGAGGUCACAUUGGAUGAGUUCAUCGAAGGCAUCAUGCGGUGCAAAGGCCCAGCGAGGGCAAUUGACCAGGUGGCGAUGCGCGCAAUGAUUCAGCAGAUGGAUCAAAAACUGUCCAAGCUCACGAAGAGGUUGGUAGAAUCAGGUGCAAUUCUGCCGAAGUUGAACACCGCACCGUCGGCUGACAGCCCUGGCAUAUGGUAA